AGUACAGCAACACAGCAAUUUUAAUUAAAUAAAUAAUUUUAAAGCUUUUAACAAGAAAUGGAUUUGCAAGUUGGCAUAUCGAACGCAGACUUUGUAACUAAUUUAAAGGAGAUUAUUCACAAUGUCGAUGACUUUGAUACCCAAAAAGAUUUAAUUAAUAAUGUAUUGCCAGCAGUCGAAGAUCGUUUUAAACAAAUCUACAAUGAUAAUUUCUCAUUAUCAGAAACUACAGAAGAUCCAAUAAUUAAUGUAUUGGUGAGGGAUAAUUUAGAAGUAGCUUUUAAUCUAACUGAAAUGUACCAGGAAGUAUUAAAUUUAAUUUGCCAGAAAGACAAAGUAUAUUUGGAAAACAUUGAAUUGGUUUUAAAACACUUAUUAAAUAGUAUUAUAUAUUUUCUCAAACAUUGGGAUUCCAUAUCUGAUGAAUACAAAAAUGUUUUUACUGAGGAAUUAUUUAAGUUAGUGGAAGUUUUAAAACACUUGUAUGAAAUUCUUUUAAAUAUAUUAGAAUUUUCUGUUACAGUAGAAGAAAAUGAUGCAAGUAUUAGUAUUUUAACAAAGACAUUAAUACAAAUUAGUGAAAUAUCUCAAGAGAUUUUUGAAGUCGAUGUUAAAUCAGCUAUUUACAGUUGGAAAACUUUUGGAGCAUUAACAGCAAAAUAUUCUGAAAUAUUAGGAAACGUGUUGGAUGUUCGAAUUCCGGUAAACUCUCUCAAUAUAUUAGUUUGCAAAACACUCAAUAUAUCUCUAGCAAACAAGGACGAGGAAAGCAUGAAAGGUCAUAUAAAAAUAGUCAUUUUUCUAACGAAAAUCCUCAUCAAACUAUCGGAUAUCUUCUAUCAGCAAUUAGAACAAUUUUCAUUGGAACUGCUUGUAUUUUAUGUAAAGAUUUCAUCUUUUUCCCAGGAGCCUAAGUUAAGAAACAUUCUUGACUUGGAAGUGUUUCCAAAUUUGGAUAUUUUCUUACAACACCUGUUAAUGGGAGACUCAAAUUUUAAGGAUCACAUUAAACAUAUAUCUACUUAUAGACAGAGCAUAAGCACAUUCAAGGAACAUUCCUUAGGAAUAUUAUUUUUAUCCAAUAGAAUCAUACAGAUUCUGAAUAAUAUUUCUGAAGAAUUUUAUGGAAUUGAUAUGGCAAUCAUUGAAACAGUGUUUGAUGUAUUACAUACAUGCUCUAGGGAAUUAAUUCUUAUCGACAAUAAUCAAAAAUUGUAUGAAGAUUUAAUACUAAACAUAUCAGCAGCUAUAUUACUGAGAGACAAAGACUGUUCUUCAUUAGAUAUUCUCUUAAAAAACCUUCUUCAUCCGAAUGUUAUGCUUAAUUUCCUAGCUUUGGAAAUCUACACAGUGGUUAUAAGCAAUAUUUCACCAGAGGAACGUAUGCUACUAUUAGUAAAUUAUUUGUACAGUGUAAACGAUUUGCUCUGUGGAUACUUUACUCACCAACCUGGUAUAACUAACCUAAGACAUUUGUUUAAACGAAUGCUUAGAAGUUUACCUAAUGAAUUCAAAGAUCAAGUAGUAAAACUAUUUAGUCCAGUGCAGUACUUUCAAAUUUGGAGAUUCAUACAUUUUGAUCAUUUGUCAGCUCAACAAGUCAAAUGUUUAAUAGACCCUUUAAUGGAAAAUACAACACAGUGUAUACAUCGUCUUUAUAUUGAGUGUAACGAAGAAGUACCUCUGAAUAUUGCUGAAAGUUUAGAUUUACUUUCAUCAAUAGAUCUUCCUUGUAAUGAUGAACGAAUGGGUAGUAUUAUUAAGUUUGUUAUCUCCUUUUGGGACAUAAAUUUCACGUCUUCCAACGUUUUGGAUAACAACAUUUUAAGAUAUUUUGUAUGCAAAAUUUCAGGAAUCACACUGUAUUGCAUCAAAAACCAAAUUGUAAAUAUUCAAGCAAUAUUUUCAAAGUUAACUUUACUCUCGUGUAAAACUGGAUACUGGGCAACAGUUUUAAGACUAAUAGACAUACUUUUGAAGGGUCUUAACUCAAAUGAUAGUAACAAACAAAUUUUGAAAGAAAUAUCAAACACCAUAACUACUGUAUUGCAGACUAACAGCAAUUCAGAAACAAAGCAAUACUACAUUGAAAUGCUUCAAGAUUUAAAUAAGUCUAAUAAUGAGGUACUAAAUACAUUGCUGGAUAGCUUACAACCUGAUAUAGCACACAAGUUAUAUCAGUCUUUAGAAAAUACAGCUUCCAGUAAUAUAGAUGUUAAUAAUAUACAAAAGGAUUUCACACAUAAAUGUCUCAAGUGGAAUGAAACGUGUGAAAAUGUUGAAAACUAUCCUGUUCCCAAAAAACCCAAACUUGAACAACUACCUAAAUUAAUAAAUAAUAACCAAAGAAAAUCACAAGUCGAAUCAAUGUGUGUAGAUAGAUAUAUUGAAGAAGAUGAGUCUUCAGUAUCUGAAGUUAUUGACAAGUUAAAAAGUGAAGUGAAAUGUUUGUUAAAAGUAUCCAAGACUGAUAAACUAACUCCAAAAAAUGCAUCGGACUUGAGAAUUAUCAUGAGUCAGAUUUCUUCGGUGAUGAGAUAAAAUUGCGUUAAGUUUUUCUUAUUUGUUAUAUAGUAUUUGUAAGUUUUAAUAAAAUGAUUUUUGUAACUUUUGA